GUAGUGCCGACAACCUUCGCCACAACUCUGAGUGCAGUAUUUCCAAGCGUUACAUCCCCAAAUGCAUUUAUUCAAAUGAAUGCCAGCACUGUCGGUGGGGAUCCCCCCUAUUCAGAUGACAGCGCCCAAUUCACUCUUUACGACUCCAGCACUGAGUCCGUUUUGAAUGCUAGCAGUGUUACCGUGAGCUAUGCCGCCACUAAUGUCAGCGCUCACGUGGCUGCCUCCAUGGACGCCUACCUGGUGGCGUUGCCCUGGCCGAAGGCGCUCGCAGUGGCAAUUUUCGUUCUGCUGAUCCUGGUGACGGUGGUCGGCAACACACUAGUCAUACUGUCCGUGCUGACCACACGCCGGCUGCGAACCGUCACCAAUUGCUUCGUGAUGAACCUGGCCAUCACUGAUUGGCUUGUGGGCACGUGUGUGAUGCCACCUGCUGUUAUGCUCUAUGUUGUUGGUAGCUGGCGCUAUGGUUGGAUCUUGUGCGACAUUUGGAUUUCACUGGACGUUCUGCUCUGCACUGGCUCCAUACUGAGCUUGUGUGCCAUUAGCCUGGACAGAUAUCUCGCAGUGACUCAACCCCUAAAUUAUUCCAAAAAACGCCGUUCGAAGCGCUUGGCAUUGGGCAUGAUAUUCAUUGUGUGGGUGACGGCGCUAUUAAUCACAUGCCCACCAUACUUGGGGUGGUACGAUCCGGGACGUCGGCGCGAAGGUAAUGUCGUUUGCCGCUACAAUCAAAAUAAGGGAUAUGUGGUGUUUUCCGCAAUGGGCUCAUUUUUCAUUCCGCUCGCCGUUAUGAUGUACGUUUACAUGAAGAUUGGCUAUGUCCUCACGUCGCGGAGACAGCGUAUGGUGCGUGAUGCGAAGUCGGAGCGCACCGCGGACCAUGAUAUAGACUGUGACAAUUUUAUUUCCGAGUCGGAGCAUUAUCAAUGUGCCACGCCGAAAUUUCCCUCCUUCAAGUCACGUUGGGGUAGCGGCCAUGCCAGCAGCAAUAACUGCUCUGCGAAAAAUCUCAGUUUACAUUGCAGCAAAUGCAACAAGGCCUACCUCGGCAAUGUCAACGGUGGUAGUGCCAGCAUUAAUGGUGGCGGUCUCAAGCAUCAGGCAUCGUUCUACGAGUUGGUUGAGGUGUCACGUUUAACAUCAAURAUUCAGUGUUCGGCAAUCAAUUGUAAAUACGCCGGCGUCUGUAUGCAUUCCAGUGCGAUGGGUGUACSGCUGGCCGAACGGCGCUCCUCCUCAUUGCCCAUGCAAGAGGUGCAUUUCAUCGAGGAUGGCACGUCGUUUUCUGAUAAUUGUCUGGCGGCCAACUCCACGCUUACCACAAGYUUGACCACAACAAGAGGUUUGAAAUUCAAUCCGAUGUUGGGACAAAAUCAAGAGCAGGCGCAAAUACACCAUCACCACAAUCACCACCAUCAUCCCCAUCGCAUACCGAUGCGUGUGUCCACAACGAAGCGGGAUUCGAAGACCGCCAAGACGCUGACCAUCGUUAUGGGCGGCUUCAUCGCCUGUUGGCUGCCGUUCUUUACCUAUUACUUGUUGAUGCCAUUCUUGCCCCCGCCGGCGGUGCUUGAGGGUCUCAUGUCCUUUCUGACCUGGGUCGGCUGGGUGAAUUGCGCGAUUAAUCCUUUCAUCUAUGCUUUCUACAAUCCCGAUUUUCGCACCGCCUUUUGGCGUUUAACUUGUCGACGCAUUUGUAAGCAGAAACCGCCACUCAACCAUAUGGCCAUGUUCCGGGGAUAAAAUGGUGCACAGAGCAUAAGACACUACACCAGAUAGUGGCUCUCUGCCACAGGACAAUCAAAUUACAUUUCUUCCAGSGGAGAAAAAUGCGCGGGUGUAUAUAUUUGAAAUGUAGUAAUAGCAAGAAGGUCCGAUGAUAGUGGUCAGUAGUGUAAGACUUCAGGGGGUUUCCGUUUUUCAUUUCGGCCGUAAGCGUUGUCAGUUGUGGUAGCAGGGCGCCUGGAAAGGACAAAUCUGCUAAGCAGCCCGAAGAUUGAUGGUGUGAACGARAAACAAGGGAGAAUACAAACUGUUGAGAGGGAAAUUGAAGCGUUUCCUUUUAUUUGGAUCUGCCCAGCGGAGAUUCUACAGUCGACAGUGGACGAGCGCUGGUUCGGCAGCAGAAAGGAAAAUAAAUUUGUGGCAGGUGCCUUUUCUCCUGAACGCAUUCAAACGCUUGCAGAUUURCAAACGAGCGAACAAAAGAUAAACCUCUCAUUUGUUUAUUAAAUAUUCAAAAUCAAACACAAACGGUCGCCGCGUAUAUUCUAAAGCAAAAACUUAGCUUUAAYCGUACUUAUAAAUAUACUAUAUAUAUUUAGAUAUUUACAUAUUUAGGUAAAGUCUUAGCCAAUUUGUGAAACCAUAUUGCCAUAUACAAAGUACUGUGUAAGCUUAGCUAAUUUUAUCUCUAAGUCAUAAAAUAAACUUUAAC